UUUGCACGUUCAUAGAAAUAUUCCACAGCAAUAACAGAAACAACUUGACAAUACAACCGGUUAACAUCCAAUAAUUUCUCUUUGAAUAUCCAAAACUUAAAAAAGACUAUCCAGCUUUAUUGUAUUCUCAGUCUUAGUUUGAAUUUCGUCGGGUUGAUAUGUGCCGGAGAAAAAGACUGGCCACCGUAGCGUUAAAUUUUUAAAUUUAUUUUGCAAUUUUUUUGUCAUUAAAUAUUUAUUAGCAAUAAAAAAAACAAACUAAAACAGCAAAUCAUGAAUACCGGACAUCUAGAUAAUGCCAUCGAUUUCAACAAUGUUAUGAUGACCGAUCAUCAAACCGUGCAUCACAGCAGACAAUCUCUGGCGGAUUUCUCCAAUUCCCCCCACAAUGAAUCACAGCGAGAACUUUUAACCAAUUCUAAAGAGUGUCGCAUGUUUCUAGACAAAGUUUUUAGCGGAAAGAAUUUGAAACGUCACAUGCCGAUAUUUCAGUGGCUACCGGUUUAUAACAAAGCAGACUUUAUCGGUGACUUAAUAGCCGGUAUAACAGUUUCGCUUGCUGCCAUACCUUUGGCACUGGCUUUUGCCGGCAUUGCGGGUCUACCAACAGAGUUUGCUCUUUACAGUUCCUUUAUGGGCAACAUCAUCUAUACGAUUUUUGGAUCAUGCAAAGACAACAUUGUUGGAUCAACAGCCAUAGCAUCGUUGCUGACACUACAAGUAUGCCACGGUAAUUGGCAAAAAUCGAUACUGUUUACCCUACUCUCAGGACUUAUAGAACUUAUCAUGGGCUUGACUCGCAUGGGCUUUAUUAUUGAUUUUGUUUCGGGUCCAGUAAAUGCGGGAUUUACCAGUGCCGUGGCUCUCAUAAUAUUCACAUCACAAAUCAAGAAUAUUUUGGUGGUUAAAGCCAAUGGAAAUUCAUUUCUACAAAAUUGGAUAUCUAUCAUUAAGGAUAUACAUAACUUUCGUACCAGUGAUACCAUAUUGGGUAUUGGAAGCAUCAUAGUGCUGGUAAUAUUGAGAUAUAUUGGAAAUAUCAAACUGAAGGCAAAAGAAAAUGACGAUCUCUCGAGAAUACAAAAAAUUGGCAAUACUAUAUUUUGGUUUUUGGGUGUAUCGCGUAAUGCUCUCUUGGUAUUUGUUACCGCCACCAUUGUGGGUUAUUUGGAACAUAUGGGAAAAAGUUAUGUCCAAUUGACUGGUUAUAUUCCAUCAGGAUUUCCACCAGUAGAAUUUCCCGCUUUGUCAAUUGUGAAUGGCAACGGUAGUUAUGUUAGUGAAACUGAACUGGAGGAAAAUACGCAAAGCUUUUGGAUGUUGUUACAGGAAUUCGGAAGUGGUUUAGUGGUUAUACCAUUGAUAUCGUUAUUGGAAACAAUUGCCGUUUGUCGGACAUUUGCCAAUGGAAAACCUGUGGAUACAAAUCAAGAAUUAAUUAGUUUAGGAUUGGCAAACAUAACCAAUUCGUUUGUAAGGGGCUAUCGUAUCAAUGGAGGCUUGGCCCGGGGUUCGGUAAAUACAGCCAGUGGUGGAAGAACCCAAUUUGUAAAUGUCUAUGUCAGCGUUAUCGUUAUACUAGCCUUACUAUACUUGGCCGAAUAUUUCUAUUAUAUACCAAAGGCAACAUUAGCAGCCAUAAUCAUAGCAGCUGUACUGUUUCAAUUGCAAUAUCAAACUAUAAAACCAAUGUGGCGUAGUAAAAAAUCUGAUCUUUUCAUUGGUCUACUGGCUUUUGCGGCAUGUUUGGUGGGUCCCUUGAGUGUUGGUGUGUUUGUUGCAAUCACCAUCAAUAUUUUGUAUAUUUUAUACCAAUCGGCCAGACCUGAAAUAAAUGUGGAUUUGGUUAAGACAUCUUCGGGCAAACAGUUUUUGAAAAUCACCCCCGAUCGUUGUUUAAUAUUUCCCUCCGUGGAAUUUGUACGCAACAAAAUUGUAAAAUCGGGUCAAAAAUACACAAUUCCCGUGGUAUUCGAUUGCACUUUCAUCUAUGCUGCCGAUUUCACCACCGCCAAGGCAAUUGAAUUAAUAAUUCAAGACUUUAAUUCGAGAAAUCAAAAAUUGAUAUUUUUUAAUUUACGCCCUCGCCUUCUGAAGGUGUUUAAAACGUUGAAAUCACCAUUUAUAAUGUGUUACUCGUUGAAUUGUAUUGAAAAACUGUUGGACGAUCAAUCGAAUGGAACGUUUGCGAAUGGUGUUAGCGUUCAUGAAGUCACCGAACUGUAAAGGUAUAUGGGUAAAAACUCAACAUGUGUGCCUAAAAGUAUGCUAUAGUAUUAGUAAAUUAUUAGUUAAAUCAAGAAGCUCUCAGUGAAACGCUUAACAGUUAUGUACAUUGUGAAAUAUUUAUUUAAAUAAAUAACAUUAAUGUUAAA